AUGGACGACGACGACGAUGACGACAAUCACCACGAUGAUGACUAUGAUAAUCCUCAAAAUCAUUAUCCUGCUAAUACUGUAACAACCCAUCAACCACCGCUACCUAUCACCCCACAACAACCUCUUCAACCUCCAAAACCUUUAUUCUCUCCUAGUUCACGUCCUCCUUCAAAAAAACACCCUACACCUUCCGCCACUCCUCCACCACCUCAACCUCCAAUCGCCCCUCAACAACCCUUACAACCACCACAACCUAUCUUUCUUCCAACCUCUCCUCCUACCAAAUCCCGCCCUCCACCGCCUUACGAUAAUCGCUAUGAUGACGAUAACGACGACGAUAACGAUAGGCGGCGUCAACUCUGUGCCGUGAUAAGCAUCCUACUAUUACUCCUAGGCCUAACCGCUUUAAUCCUAUGGCUCCUCUACCGCCCUUCAAAACCUCACUUCAUUGCCAUCUCUGCCGCCGUGUACUCCCUCAACGCCACCUUACCGCCGCCGUUUGUAUCCGCCUCCGUUCAAAUAACUGUCGUCACUCGCAACCCCAGCAAGCGUACUGCCCUCUACUACGACCGCCUCGUGGCGUCGGUGCACUACCAAAACCACCCCAUCACCCCGCCGGUUUCUCUUCCGCCGUUGAAGCACUUGAAGCGGAGCGCCGUCAUGAUGUCGCCGGCGAUUGGUGGUGCUCCGGUGGUGGCGCCGCCGGAAGUGGUGGAGGGACUGGUGGCGGACGAGGCGUACGGGGUGGUGGGGUUGAGUUGGGUGUUGGUGGGGAGAGUAAAGUAUAGAGCUGGGUGGUUUAGGAGUGGGCAUAGUAGGGUUUAUGUUAGGUGUGAUAUUAUGGUAGGGUUUAAGAGUGGUGGUGGUAAUCCAAGUGGUCAAGUGCCUUUGCUUGGGAAUCCUCCUUGCUUUGUUGAUAUAUGA